GGAAGCGAUCUUCCUUUGUGUGACGUCACUUCCUCUCCUCGGCUUGCAGCGUGUUAAAAAGGACCAUGGCCAUGGAGACGGAGGACUACCCUCAGGAGAUCGACGAGCAGCUCACGAGCUUCGACUCUUCAACCACUUCAGUGAAAACCAUGUUGGAGCAGCUGAUGUCCAUGAACAAGGGAGACCUGGAGAAGCUGGAUCCUUUGGAUCAAGCCAAACUGGACCUGGUGUCCGCUUACACCCUGAAUUCAUUAUUCUGGAUGUACUUGGUCACAAAAGGAGUGAAUCCCAGGGAACAUGGAAUCCAGCAGGAACUGGAGCGAAUAAGGACGCACAUCAACCGAGUGAAGGAGAUCAGCGACAGGAAGAAAGCCGCUCGUCUGGAUAAGGGGGCGGCGGCCCGGUUCCUCAGGAACGCUCUUUAUGAUGCAGAUGAGAAAGAUUCCAGAAAGAAAGCAGUGUACAAGAAAAUGUCCGGGGCAGCAUCUGACAGCCCGAGGUUCAGGCGUCCGAACAAGAGGUGAAGAGAGGAGGAGUGGUACGGUCUGGUUCCAUCACGGGUCGUACCACUGUCUGGGCAUCGAACACUUGAUGUGUUGGGUCGCUCACCAGCAAGGAUCCUACGAUGGAGUCAGAUCGUUGUUCUCCUGCAGCGCUCAGUGAAUGUUGCAAACACAACAUCCAGGUUAUCUGAACACAUUUAUGGACAAUGAUCCACGCAGCUGCUCUAGAAGUUCAAUGGAUAUGAUGGUGUAAUAUUUUUGUAGUGUUACAUCAUCACUGAGUUGUGUAUGUGGAGUUCUCUUAACAGUUUUAUUUGAAAAGGCAGUAAAUCAUUAACUAGGUCCAUGCAGGUAUGGAAAUAUCAUCUUAAAUUGUGUUUCUUUUAUACGAAGGAGAAAUGUUCAUCAUACCUCUGUAUUUUCAAAGUGAUUCUAUGAAUCAUGAGUCACGUUUAACCAGUUUUUACACCCAUGUUUUUUCAAUCUAAAUUCUGAUAAACUGUCAGUAAUGUAUUUUGUUUAAAAUGGACUUUUGCUCAAAAAUACAAAUAAAAACCUGAGGUUUGA